AUGAGGCCUUUCUUCAAGCCCGACAGCUGCAGCGUCGAUGGCCUUGCGGGAAACCCGUUGUCCAGAGCCUUCGACUCUCUCACGGGAGACCAGCACCAUGCGCAGCAAAUGCGAGAAGGCUACAUGUCCGGCGGGAUGAGGCCGCCGCUUGGCGGCCUUGGAGGGCAGAUGAUGGAUCCGAUGAUGGGCCGAAAUGAGCUAGAAGAUGCCUGGCAAGCUGGGCCUGGAAUGCGUGGGCCAAGAAUGGGACCAGGUCCUGGUCCGACCAUGUCCGAGCAGUUCAUGCAGCACAUGGCGAGCCCUGGUGCGAUGGGUGCAGAGCCCGGGCUCUUCGACAAGCCGACUUUUCGGAAAGCAGACACGUGGCACGGCGGUGGGCCAGUGCAUGCAGGGCCCAACCCAUGGGCGCAGGAGUUUGCUGCGGGACCUGCCAUGGCUGGGCCAAUGAUGAGUCCAAAUGCACCUCUGGAUCUCGAGAAUGCCUGGCAAGCUGGGCCUGCGCAGAAUCCCGCGGCGCUGCAUCCUGCGUCCAUGGACGGCGCCUGGAAGCAGGCACAGGCCGGACCUGCAGGUGCUGCGAUGUCCAGCACCGGCCCAAUGGGCCCCAUGAUGGGUCCGAUGAUGGGCAUGGGCAUGAGCAUGGGACCCAUGAUGGGCAUGGGCAUGGGCAUGGGCCCCAUGCUUCGGGGGCCGCAAACCGGCCCCUUGAUGCCGGCGCCAGCUAUGGCAGCUGCAGCACCUGCGCCUGCAGUGACUGCAGAUGUUGCUGCCAAGCAGGCUGCACCGAUCGAGACAAUCACAGAAGAGGCACCGCAGGUUGAAGAAGCGGACCUUGGGCAAGCUGCCCAAAUGGUGGACAUGCUCAGAAACAGUGGGAACACCAAGCUCGCCAACUCCAAAUUCGUGAACUUCAUUGACUUGGUCAGCAAGGGGGAUCUCCAGUUCAAAGAGAACACCGUCAUUGACAGAGAGGGAAACCAAGUAGACUGGGAGGCGUUGUACGACACUGACCUGGCCACUGCAUCGUCCACUGACAGAGCUCAGAUGGAGACAAUGUGGAAAGCUUCAGCCGACGGGUCAGGUAUGGAGGCUGUGCUGAACAGGGCCGGCAUGAACCAUCCACUAGGGAUGGAGGACUUCGAGGGAGAUCUUAACUUCGGAAUGGCCAAUCGAGAGGCUCUGCAGGAGAUGCUCGGCAGCCGAGAGGAGGCAGAUGCUGCUCUUGAGCAGAUGCUACGAGGCUUUGAUAAUUUCGAUCCCAUGACCAUGGAUCUCGGUGCCAUCCAAAGGGCGAAGGAGUACCAGUUUGCAGAAGAGAACCCCUUCAGUGAAAUCACGGACCCCCUUGCGGAGGCCAUCAGGCUCAUCAGAGAAGGGCGCGACCGUGAGGCACUUCUUUGUCUGGAGUCCGAGGUCCAGCGAAACCCGGAAAGCUCAGAAGGCUGGAGGAUGCUUGGUCAGCUCUACGCACAGCUUGACCAAGACGUAGAGGCAAUUCAAUGUCUGAGGAAAGGUCACGAGGUUGAUCCCUACAACUUGGAUAGCUUGCUUGCCUUGGGUGUCAGCUGCACGAACGAGCUGGAUCAGCUGCAAGCGCUGCGCUACUUGCGGACGUGGCUCGAAAACCACGAGGAUCACCAGGCCCUCGUAGAGGGAAUUGAAGUUCCUCCGGAUUUCGAGUACGACGCGUGGCGCCGCCAAGUCACCGAACUCUUUCAGCGGGCUGCAGAGGCUCACCCUCACGAUGCCGACGUCUUCGUAGCAUUGGGUGUCAUGGAGAAUAUCAACAGAGACUUCGAAGCGGCUGUUCAGGCACUUGCCACUGCAUGUCGGCUGAGACCGAGCGAUCCUACUGUUUGGAACAAGCUCGGUGCCACUUUGGCAAACUCUGGCAAGAGUGAGGCGGCCGUUGUGGCUUACCAUCAAGGGCUGGAGCUGAAGCCCAACUAUGCUCGAAGUUGGUCGAACAUGGCCAUCGCGCAUGCCAAUUUAGGGAAGCACAAGGAUGCAGCGCGUUUGUACCUGUCAUCUUUAGUGCUGAAUCCGGAAGCCACGCACAUUUGGAACUUCUUACAGAGCGCAGUGCUGAACAUGAACAUGGACAGUCAGUACGCUCUCGAGGCAACGGAGGCCAUUGAGCAGAGAGAUCUGAAAGCAGCCACGCAGAUCAUUGAGGGUGUCCUCGAUCCGGCAAAGCUGCCGAAGCCGCUUGACCAUCCCACCAGGCCGCCUGAUGAGAUUCUGUCCUCCAUUGGGUUCUGA